CGGCGCGCGCCGACGACCAACGCCAGAAAGCGCACGCACGGGCUGUCUCUUCCCACUCUCUCAUUGGACGCCGACGACACACUCUGCGAGAGGAAGAGGCGACGCCCAAGAGAGCAAAGGUGGGGACGGUGGGAAAAUGGCGCCGUGAAGAGUGCAGAGACAGAAACGUGGUACAAGAACGCAUUGGGCGCACCAUACCGCACAGGAACAGGCACAGGCACAGCAGGCACGCGCAUACAGACCAGUCCGAAGCUGCCAAGUGAAAAAGAAGAGGACGACGCCAUGGAUCCCUUCCAGAUCAGGCUCGAGUGCCUGUCGCUGGUGCGGCGGCUGAGCGCGUCGCAGCAGUCGAUCCAAAAGGUCGUCGACUUUGCCAUGCGCCAUGCCUCGUCGGCCGCCGACGACGUCUGGGACUGCCUCGUGUCCGAGUGUGCGCGGGCUGGACUCAAUGCCAAGCUCAACAUCCUCUUCCUCCUCGACGCGCUCCUGCUCAGCAUCGUCGACCCCGUGGGCCACGCGGCGUCGUGCAACGCAGCGCAGGCGCAGGCGAGCGCAGCCUACCUCGCCAUGGCCCUGCGCGACCUGCGCAAGAUCGUAGAUGCAGUCGUCCCUCACGACCGCAGCGAUGCCGUCCGGCUCAACGCGGGCAGCACCCAGAAGGUGCUUGAGUCAUGGAGGAGUCUGCAGCUGUUCGACUCUGAGCUGCUCAGAGGCAUCGAAGACGAGCUUGAGGCACGCAAGAACAGCCUCGCGACCGAAGCGCCGCACAAGCUGGCCGACUUUUCGAGGCAGGAUAUCCAGCGAAGGAUGGAAGAGGACAGGGAGAGGGUGAGUUGAGAUGAGGUGCAAGGCAGACUUGCGCGAGACUGAAUUUCUCCUGCAGCACAAACGCCUUCGAGAGCGGGCAUGGAUCCUGCCGG